AACGUCAACUUUAUUCCCAUCAAAACAGUUUUUUUCGCCAAAAUUCUUCGCCAGCAAAACACACGCGUACCGAAAGUAAUUAGAAAUGUUUUAACUUUGUUCGAGCGUUCCUGCAAAAUGUUCGCAAAAAAAACGUCCGUGAAAUCCGGACAUGAACGGAAUGGCAGUACGAGGGUUAUCGAGGCGAUGCCCGAGGUGGCUCUAGCAGCCAUCGUGACGUACAAAAAGCAAAAAGAACUCGGAGACUUUAUGAGUUUCCUUCUCUCAGCGCUCGAACGGAACUCGGACUGGCUCAAUGAGGUCGUCGGGAAGCAAGCGAACUUUAAAUGUGCUUUAAUGGUCGGAGCCGGCCCCAAUAGAUUUCAGAUCCAGGAAAUAAUCUACCCGACCAGCGAGAGCGAUAUCAAAUUAGAAGUGGAACUACGGGAUUCUGAAGAUUACGACAAAUUGGCCAUCACUGCAAUUCUGAAGUUGAGCAACUUUGAAAUUGACAAUUUACUCAUGUACAUCAAAAAUCGUCUACACGAAAACCAAGUUUUGAAAGAUGAUUUGAUUAAAGGCAAAUCGAUGGGCGUCAAUUUUGCAGUUUUAAGACCAUUCAGCGAUAAACAGUACAGAGUAAUGGAGAGAAUUGUUGUUGGGAGUUCCUUGAAGUGUGUGGUGCCAACGAAAAAACGACGUCGCGACGAGAAAUCCAGAGUUAGAUCGCCUUUGAAACGGUUCAAGCGGGAAGUGUCUUUAAAAUAAAACACUACAAUAGUUAUUACAAAUCAAAACUUGGCCCAAAAUUCGGAUGUAAAUUACAGCGCAAUAAUAGUUUCCUUUAACCAAUGAUUUAUUGUGUGGUAGCGAACCAUUAUGAAGAUAAAUGUUGCAAUAUAACCGUUACAUGAUGAUUUUAAUGGAUAUAGAGCAAAUAUAGAGUGGUUAAAAUUUUAUUUUAAUGGUUCAACUAUGCAUUAAAUAUAAAAAAAUACACUUCCAAGUUUA